UUAGUUACAGUGCGUGAACGCGGUCGCUAGGCUGUCUUCGCUUCUGUGCUGAAUAAUUGUGUCGUGCUUUAUUGCGUGUGUGACGUUGAUUGCUCGAGGUAUUAUAUACGUGUUACAAAUGCUUACUUCGAAGUUCAUCGAAUCUGUUUCGGAAACUGUACGAUUUUUAUGAUUACUACAACGUGUUUUACGUGUUAAAUUGAUAUAACUACAAACUUUUCACGUACUCUUUCCAACCAAAUCGUGUGGAAACAUUCCUUUGUCUUCAUUGUUAUAUGGUGUGACAAUUCAGCUAUUUCUCAACUUGUUAACCAAGGAUUGAACUUUCAACUAUUCUGUACUAUUCCAGACAUUUGUGAUCCAAAAGUUUAAUUUGAAUACUUCAUUAUUGAAGAAUUACAAUCAAUAAACAAUCGUGAACUAGUUACAACUAAUGUUCCUAACUGUAAAUAAUGAACAUUCGUUAACUAUAGUUAGAUGAAAAUCUGUGUAAUGAGCAUGCGCAAUGAGUGGCCGUUUCGCUGGCCACCUUCUACCAGCUGAUAACAACAACAACAGCAGCAACAACAACAAGAACAACAACAUAAGUGUGAGUGGUUAUGACAAUGUGCCGACCAACAGUCGUGCCUACAGACAACAACAGAAUGUUUGCAACGGAAAUUACGUUAACUAUUCAUCAGAUUGUGAUGAGGAUGACGAUCAUGAUGAUAAUGAACUAGGUGCUGCCGGAUGUUCUUCGUUUCACAGUCACCUAACGCAAACGAGCUCUUGGUUGCCACCAGUUGAGGCUUGGCAUAGAGCUGCCACAGGGUUGCCCUAUGGCUGGGAACAGGCCACAGACAGCGAUGGAAAGCUAUACUACAUCAAUCAUAUCAAUAAGACGACGACGUAUGAGGACCCGCGCGCGGAUUGGUCGGAGGAUCCCCCCCAACCCCGCCUGGUCCAGCUCACCCGCCACCCGCAGCUUGGCUUCGGUUUCGUUGCCGGCAGCGAAAAGCCUGUCAUUGUCAGGUUUGUCACGGAGGGCGGGCCAAGCGAGGGUAAGCUGCUGCCUGGUGACCAGAUCCUUCGCAUUGAGGAGGAGGACGUGAGCAUAGCACCACGUGACCAUGUCAUCCAGCUGGUCAAGGCGUGUGCUGUCACAGUGCAACUCUUGGUCACCCAACCACCGCUCGAUAAUUCGACUCGAAAAUCGGCUCUCCUCAGUUCAGCGAAGAAAGCAAAGUUAAAAACGAAUCCUUCGAGAGUGCGCUUCGCUGAAGGCGUUGUAGUCAAUGGAUCACCACUCUACCCGGUUUCGGCGUUCAGUGCGGGCGACCCGAACAUCCCCCUUAUGCCGAACGUGCUGAAGGUGUUCCUGGAGAACGGACAGACCAAGUCGUUCAAGUACGACAGCACGACGCGGGUGCGCGACGUUGUCGCCUCACUGCAGCAGAAGCUCUGCCUGCGGGCCAUCAACCACUUCUCGCUUGUCCUCGAACAGGUCAAGAGUCUCCGGCGAAACAAGUUGACGCUGCUCAAUCCCGAUCAUACGCUCGCCAGGAUAGCGUCAAGGCCCGGUUCACACAAUCUUCGCUGCUUAUUUCGAGUGGCUUUUGUACCAAGGGAUGCAUGUGAAUUAGCUCAACAAGAUCUGUCGGCCUUCGAAUAUUUGUAUUUACAGUGUUGCAACGACGUGGUCCAAGAAAGGUAUGCUCCCGAGUUGAAGUACGACAUAGCACUGAGACUGGCCGCCCUCCACAUACACCAGCAUGCCAUCUCCAAUAAUAUUCCACCCAGCAAGAUCACCGUCAAAGCAAUCGAGAAGGAAUUCGGCCUGGAGAGGUUUGUGCCGGUGUCGUUGAUGGAGUCGAUGAAGCGGAAGGAGCUGCGGAAACUGCUCAGUCAUCUGCUGAAGCUCAACCAAACGAUGACCGGCUCUAGCCACAAGUGUCUAACUAGUUUACAAGCCAAAUUAUAUUAUUUAAGCAUCAUUUCUGAAUUACCCAGCUACGGCGCCAAGUGUUUUUCAACAAAUAUCAGGGAUUGCAAUAUGGAGACUGUCAUUCUAGUGAGUCCUAAAUUAGGAAUUAGUCAAAUAAUUGGGCUGAGGAAUAGUGUGCCUGUACCAUUAGCUGAUAUUGAACAAUUAGCGAUGGUGAAAGUACAAAGAGAGGAUCAAAUUUCAAGUCUUGUUACAUUAUCGAUACCUUCAGCUUUACAAAAGAUGCAUAGAAUCGCCGUUACGUCGACUUUUACCCCUUGGCAUUAUCAUCAAGAAGUAACGUUUAGUAUGGAAGAUCGUGAUGCAGAGGAGUUAGUUCUGGUUUUACAAGGCUAUUACAGGUUGUUGACGGGACAGAGUUUAGCUGUACAACAGGACGUUGACGUUUGGAUGCUAGAUUCAGCCCCACUGUACCACUCUCAACAUGCAGUCAAGCCAGAAAAGUGGAGCUAUGCAGAAACUAGUGAACCCAAAGAUGAAAAGUUUGUCAACUUCACCGUGUCUCCACCAUACCAUCCUGUCACAGCUAAACAUAGUACUUCGAACGGAACGCUGAAAAUGUCACAUAGUAAUAGCAAGAUGAUUCCAAGUAAUGGUGUCGACAAUAAUAUGAACAAUAUGACUGGAAAGUUGAAAGACGAGAAUGGUUACCCGAUGAAAAGGACGGCAGGAGAUGGACUGGCAGCCGAGGACAAGUUCGGCAUAGACAUGCAGAGUGUCGUCUCCAUGGAGAUUCUGGAGAGCGACCCUGCUUUCGUCGAGGCUCACAACGAGGAGGUAAUGAGGAGGGUAGCAGAGAUGCAAGAACUGGUUCAAAACUCUGAGCAGUACCUGACGAGACAGCAUCAGCGCGAGUCCAGUGACUCAGAAGGCUCGCACAUAUCGUCACAGGACUCGGAUGCGCCAGGCCAGCUCAAGCAUAGUGAUUCUCUACUGCUUUUGAAUCAAGUUGGCCAGAAUCCAGUACCUGAGAAUUUGACUGAAGCCGUACAGGGUCUAGACUUGUCGGUUGAGACUGAAAGUGAUACAGACUCGGUUAGCACUCCGUCUAACAGUCCGUCGCACAAAAAUCAUCAUGGUAAAAACCGGGACUCAGACUCCAGUUUCGGCUUGCACAGUCCUGACAAUUUGGUACCAGGGGCAGGGCAGGAAGCUUUACAGGAACUGUGGAAAAGAUUGCAAGAAGAAACGGCCAGCCUUGGAUUGGAAGUUGGAGGGGGAAGCCUCUACCUGGAUCCUGAUAUUAUUGAUUUAACGCUGUUACCACCUCCCAUAACUCCGGAAAAGGAAGUGUUCAAUCUGCCUGCUGAAUUAAGACUGCCUCCUGUUCCAUUUGCUGACUGCACUGAUGGUGCAUCGAAAAAUUCCGCGCCUGUUUUAGAAGACAGCCUGCCGGAGAAAGAUGUGCUGAGUUUGGACCUGGACUCAUUUUUGGCGACAAUGACUGUUCCGCCGCCGCUGAGGACUGGAUCCACGCUCGAACUCACCUCUGAGCAGAUCAACUCUUUCAUCAUUCCACCCCCUCCACCUCCUUCUGACAUACCAGAAACCGUGCCAUCACCCGUAAAACUGAACGGCCACGCAGUGGGCGCCGGUAACGUCGGCGAACUGUCGGCAGACAGCGACCAGUGUACGGCGCAAAACAGACCGACGACGGAAAGACGCGGAAGCACGGCUAGCAGCAAAAGCAAGACUAGUUUCUCGUGUUGUAGCAAACCGCGCCAAGCGAGUCCUGAGGGGUCGCCACCACCUGUGCUGGGGUUACCGCCUAGGGGUGACUCGCCCAGUGCGCCAUCGCGGCCUCCUAAGCCGUCAGUCACACCUCCGCAGCUACCGCCCCGGUCUGACUCCAUCAGUAGUGGAACGUUGAGUCGGAAACCGCCUCUACCGCCUGUCACAUCUCAGGAGAUUUCGCUGAAGACCGGUUUCUUGUCACUGAGCCGGGAAGGAGUGAGUGCGUGUGGCGCACUCUGUGAACGGCUGGCGCAAGUUGCCACCCAAUGCAGUGAUGACCAGGCGCAUGGUGGAGGCGCCAGCAUGGAUGAGGCCAGGUUCCAGGAAGCCAAAGAAGCCCUUACACUGGAAGCGAGGAAACUGGUGACGUCAUCCAAACUUCUGGUGCGCAGUAGCAGCGCGGUUUCGUCCAACCUGAACCCAUCAGCGGCCGAGUUCGAAACCCACCUAAACAGCUGUCUGUCACUCUUGCGACACAUCACCGACCUCACUUCCAAGAUGGCCGCCUUCACGGCGUCCCCCCUCCACACGCAGAACCUGGUGCUCAAGGUCAAGGACGUGGUCGCUGUUUUCAAACAGCUGUUGGCCACUGAAGGCCAGGAGGCUUUGCUCACCAAACAGGCCGAGAACUUGGCGAGUGUAUUGGCAACACUACUCCGAAGUUUGAGAGUUUUCACGCCCUAGUUCGAUAGGUUGCACGGGCGUGUGUAGAAUACGUUCGUGUGCUGUGAAACAGUCUGAAAAACAACCAAAAAAUGAUGAAAUUACUGAGAAACUACUUAAAAUACGGAUGACUGGGGUCUGGAUAGGUUGAUUAAAAGCUGUGAUGGAACAGGAACAGGAGUAUGAAAAUGGUUGCACCGGUAAGUUCUUCUAACUUGAAUGUGCUGUGUAACAUACUAGAAAACUACUAAAAAUGAUGAAAUUACUGAAAAACUAUUCGAAAACGGAUGAUUAGGGUCUGGAUAGGUUGCUUAAAACUAUAGUAAAACAGAAGUUUAGAAAAUGUUCGACAGGUUGCAUCGGUAAGUGCUUUUAACCUGAAUGUGCUGUGAAACAUACUGGAAAACUACUAAAAUAGGUUGAACUACUGGAAAACUACUCAAUUUUUUUUAUAAAAUUACACUUUUCAAUUGUCACUUCAUUAUAACUAUGCAGACUGCAUUUAUGUCGUCGGUAAUGAAUUGAAAAAUCAAAAUUGAAAUUUAUUCAUCGGAGUUCGUGAUUGAUGAAAAUUAUUUUCGACACAAUUAUCAAAAACUACUUAAAAUACUGAUAAAUGAGUUCUAAAUAAGCUGCUUAGAAGAGUAUUGGACCAGUAGUUUAAGAGUCUCUUUAUUUGAUGGGUUGCAGAGUUGUUUUUUAGCAGGAGCCAGAAUUCUACUUAAAAUAGUAAUAAAAUUACUGUGAAUCUACUCAAAUCACUGAAAAAUAUGGUUUGAAUAGGUGACUUUCAAGGUUAUAAGAACAUAUUGUAUUUUAGAGUAGUUAAAGCGGAUAUGAAGCCUUUUUCGUGCUGAGUAAUGACAUAAGGUGUUACUGUAAUACUCAAAAAGUACUGGAAAAUAAGGUCUGAAUAGUAGGUUGCUGAUAAGGGUAGAAGAACAACAUUUUGAACUUCUAUUAUUUUGAGGCUGUACCCACAGAUUCUUAGUGAGGAUUUCUUUACUACCAACACUUCUCUCUUACUAUUUAUCUAGCUUGAAUCUCAAUAUUUUUUUUAUAAUUCGCCUAUGUAUUAAUUAUGCAACAUUCCGUUUUACAAGAACACUCUAUCAUAUUAACACAUAUUAUUCACUACCGUACCGUUAAUCAUUUUUAUUUGGAAAAUAGUUUUAGAGAUAAAAUGAGUGCUCAUUGAAUCCACCCCUCUUCAACCUCACCAAAGAUGUAAAUAAUUUGAAAUAGUUUCUAUUGAUUGUUUCUCAUAAAGUACAGUAAACAUAAAAUAUGAGUUUACUUGACUUCAAUGGAAAAAUUCACAUGAUUUCGUUUCUGAUAGCAUUGUAAAAAAGAUACACAUGGACAUAGAAAAGAUUCACGAAAUAUUUGACAGUGGUAGUAGUCAUUCAAUAUAGUUGGUUUACAAUCACACUAUUCUUGACAAAUCUUAGAGCUGUAUCUUAUUUUUAAACCAUACAUUUACACUAUUACUUAUUCUUGACAAAAUCUCUCUCUUCUCUCUCUGACAUUUUCAUCAUUUUUACUUGUUUUGUAAUUGGUCAUAAGAAUAAUUAUUUCGGAAAAUCGAAUUAAUUUCUCUAAGGCUACAACUAUACUCUGAUUAUAAUGACUCAUACUCUUAGAAUAAUAUUUUAUUUUGAUUGGCCACAAAGAUGCGAAUACGAAUUGGAUGUAUCACUGAAUGAUUUUUAUGUUGAACAGUUACCUAAUAUGCUCUGAGGUUCUAUGAUUCGUUUUUAGUUCAUAAUUGACAGGGUAAUCAAAAUUAGGUUUUAAUUCCAAUAAAAUUAUAAUCCAAUGAAUUAUAAUUAUAAUCAACCCAAAAAUAUCAAAUAGCGUAGAUAUUUGUUUAACAAGUUCUUCACUCUAUAUUUAGAAGUGUAUAUUUUAUUAUCGACGUAUGAUUUUGUUAUGUACAUUCAGAAUAUUGUAUAUACAAAGAUUGUAUACGUAGUUACAGUUAUGUAGCUUAUGUAAAUAGAAUGUAAAUUUGUAAAUGUAUAACUGUCGAGCACAAUGUACUUGAAAAUUUUAAUACUCAAUGUGAAUAAUUUACUGAUGGGUUAACUUACUUUAGGCUGGUUUUCAACCAAUUUGUAUAUUUUCCGCUCAAAUUAAUUCCUGGGUCUGAAAAUUAUCUAUCGGCGUCCACAACUUUACUGAAUACUGGUUCUUGGAAAUUGAUUACAUUUACAUUUCUUUCAAUGUUGUGUCAAAGUUUCUUUGCUAUAAAAUACAGUAGUAAAAUAUUAAAUUUGUCAACUAUCUAACUUGGUUGAAAAUGAUGUCACCAUAAGUAGGUAGUAAAUAAUUUUCUUCAUUGUUAAUCAUCACAAUUAUUAUCCAACUUUUAUUAUAUCACACAUCACAUCAGAACUAAUAAAUGUAAAUUAUGUAAAACAAGAUACAAGAAUAAUUAUUGAAUAAUCAUAUAAUUAUCAUUUCAUGUUAAUAGCUGGCACUCAUUUGUACCUGCAUGCCUUAUUGGCAUCUUAUGUUUUGUUUUAAUGUUUAUAGUUUAUGUAUUUGGACCUUUCAACCAUGUAUUAAAAUAAUCAUAAUCUAUAGUCGAAGGACCUAUCACCUUAUUAAUAGCAAGGUGUUGUUGAAAAUUGUGCUCAUAAAAAAAUCGUAAUCUAGUCAUUAGAGAAACAAUUGAAAAACAAUCUAUGAUGGUGCAGCAAGCACUUUAUUAUUGAAAAAUCUAGAAAAUUUUAGUUCACUGGAAUUUACAUUGGGUUCACAAUCAACACAAUAAAAAUCGAUUUAUGUUUGUGGAUUUGCAUAGUUAUGUAGAGUGUAAACGUUAUGUUAUGAGUUUGUUGCUAGUAAAUAAUUCUACCAUUUUCUAGAGGUAUUAUUCCAAAAUAUUCCAAGUGAUUCGAAUUGAUAUAGUUGUAUGCAAUGAAUUAUUAUCGUAUGGAAGGUUUGAGAAAAAUAGUUUUAUAAAUAAAAUUAAUAUAUUGUAAUGUACCCCGAGUAUACAAACGAAUUUUUUGGAUUGUUUCAGUGACGAAAUUUUCUACUUCGUAUCUUUACGAUAAUAUUUCAUAAUUUCAAAAACAGAUAUUAUUAUCAUGUACUCUAUUAAUAUUGAUGACGAUAAUAUAAUAUUAUUGUAGAUAGUAAUGAUAAUAUUGUAACGUAUCAAAAAUGGAAAUUGUAACAUCAUUAAUAACUCGUAUGCGAGUAUAAAAUCAGAAUUUUACAAGUGAAAUAAAUUUUUCGAUGAAUA